AUGACCUUAUUGUCUGUUCCAAGCUUUCUGUGGAACCUCUACGUUCAAAAUCUCUGGUACUACCAGCGAGGAUCUUGGAUAGACAGCGCUGCUUAUACCUUUCGGUUCCUGGCAUUUGUCGUCAUAGCGCCGUUUGUUCUGCUGACACUCCUAGACGUAACAUCCUAUGUGAUAGCCCGCACAUUGGGUGUCAUCGAUGAUACCAAGGCCUCCACCAGCGAGACGGGGCCGCCCACCGAUGGACCGGGCACGCCAUCCAUAGUGAUACAGAGCGAGUCUACAUCAGGUUCGUCUCAGCCGGCAACGACACCCCCGUCGACAUUCUUCCGCAACCCGCUCGAGGAAGAGGGCAACCUGCGGCUGUCCGGCGUGGGCAUGUUCUCGCCUGCCCCUUCCCAGCCGCCCUCGCCAACCAUGUCGCGUCGCGAACUCGAUUCUCAUAUGCACAACGUGCCGGAAGAAUACCGCGACGAGAUGAAAAGCGGAUUUGACAGUGGACGGGAUCUAUCGCGGGAACCUAGAAGUGGAGACUCGAGCAGUGGGGAGUCGUCGUAUGCGAUGUUGGAGCAGGAGUCGGGCACGGAGGAUGCUCAAGUGACCUUGCGAAGGAGAAUUACGAACCUCGGAAGCGAGCACAAAUCAUAG